CUUGCGCACAGGCGCUCACACACACACACACACACACACACACACACACACACACAUUCUGCACCUUUGCAGCCCCCAGCCACCACUGUUCCCGGGGGUGGCAGUCCCAGGAGCAGACAAACUGGCGGAGUUCUUCUCCGUGUUGCGACCACCCCAGAAAUCUUAAUGAAGUAGCCAGCUGUGGAAGAUUCCAGACCCCCAGAUAAAAAUGGCUUUCCAUGUGGAAGGACUGAUAGCUAUCAUCGUGUUCUACCUUCUGAUAUUGCUGGUGGGAAUAUGGGCUGCCUGGAGAACCAAGAACAGUGGCAGCACAGAAGAGCGCAGUGAGGCCAUAAUAGUUGGUGGUCGAGACAUUGGUCUGCUGGUGGGUGGAUUUACCAUGACAGCAACCUGGGUUGGAGGAGGAUAUAUCAACGGAACAGCGGAAGCAGUGUAUGUACCAGAUUAUGGUCUAGCUUGGGCUCAGGCACCAAUUGGAUAUUCUCUUAGUCUGAUUUUAGGUGGUCUGUUUUUUGCAAAACCUAUGCGUUCCAAGGGAUAUGUGACCAUGUUAGACCCAUUUCAGCAGAUCUAUGGAAAACGCAUGGGUGGCCUCCUUUUUAUCCCUGCACUAAUGGGAGAAAUGUUCUGGGCAGCAGCCAUCUUCUCAGCCUUAGGAGCCACCAUCAGUGUGAUCAUUGACAUCAAUGUGCAUGCUUCUGUCAUCGUCUCUGCACUCAUCGCCACUCUAUACACCCUGGUGGGUGGUCUCUAUUCCGUGGCCUACACGGAUGUUGUUCAGCUCUUUUGUAUUUUCAUAGGCCUGUGGAUCAGCGUCCCUUUUGCACUGUCACACCCUGCAGUUACCAACAUUGGGUUCACUGCUAUGCACACCAAAUACCAGGCUCCUUGGCUGGGGACCAUUGAAUCAUUUGAAGUCUACACUUGGCUUGACAGUUUUCUGUUGUUGAUGUUGGGUGGAAUCCCAUGGCAAGCCUACUUUCAGAGGGUCCUCUCCUCAUCUUCAGCCACCUAUGCUCAGGUGCUAUCCUUUCUGGCAGCUUUUGGAUGCCUGGUGAUGGCUCUACCAGCCAUACUCAUUGGGGCCAUUGGAGCAUCAACAGACUGGAACCAGACAGCAUAUGGGAUUCCAGAUCCCAAAAGUAAAGAAGAAGCAGACAUGAUUUUACCAAUUGUUCUGCAGUAUCUCUGUCCUGUAUACAUUUCUUUCUUUGGUCUUGGUGCAGUUUCUGCUGCUGUCAUGUCAUCAGCAGAUUCUUCUAUUUUGUCAGCAAGUUCAAUGUUUGCUCGCAACAUCUACCAGCUUUCAUUCAGACAAAAUGCAUCAGACAAGGAAAUCGUUUGGGUUAUGCGAAUCACGGUGUUUGUGUUUGGAGCAUCUGCAACGGCUAUGGCAUUGCUAACGAAGACUGUGUACGGGCUCUGGUACCUCAGCUCAGACCUCGUUUACAUCAUCAUUUUCCCACAACUGCUUUGUGUGCUGUUUGUCAAGGGGACCAAUACAUAUGGAGCUGUGGCAGGUUAUGUUUCUGGCCUUUUCCUGAGAAUAACUGGUGGUGAGCCAUAUCUGUAUCUGCAGCCCUUGAUCUUUUACCCUGGUUAUUACUCUGAUAAGAAUGGCGUCUACAAUCAGAGGUUCCCAUUUAAAACUCUUGCCAUGGUUACCUCAUUUUUAUCCAACAUUGGCAUUUCUUAUCUAGCCAAAUACCUAUUUGAAAGCGGAACCCUGCCACCAAAAUUAGAUGUAUUUGAUGCUGUUGUCGCAAGGCACAGUGAAGAAAACAUGGAUAAGACAAUUCUGGUCAAAAAUGAAAAUAUUAAAUUAGAUGAACUUGCACCUGUGAAGCCCCGACAGAGCAUAACUCUCAGCUCAACUUUUACCAAUAAAGAGGCCUUUCUUGACAUGGACUCUAGCCCAGAAGGGUCUGGGACUGAAGAGAAUUUAUAAUACCCAUCCAAAUAAAGUACUGCUUCCUCAAACAGCUCUAGAGCAGGCUAGUGCUGGAAGGAUAGUGUGUAGCAUAUACAAAUAUAUUUAAAAAUAACAUUCAGGAGGACAAAAAUCCAUAUAAAAAGUGCAACUGUACAAAUACAAGCCAAGCUAGGAGUACCUAGGAGAGCAACAGCUCUCUUUCUCAUUGCUGUUCUCAUCCUCAUUUGGUUUGACACUAGACAGCUUUACAAAGUAUUCAAAAAUCAGUUAAAGCCCCACCCAAAGAACAGAGGGCCAAACAGAGUAUCCUUAUUGUGAAAAAGAGUAGAUAUGAAGGAGCCAAGAAAAUUAUGCCAUCUUCAUCCAGACCUUGUUUGCUAGUGCACUGGUGAGUGCAGUUUAAUUACCACCCUAAAGCUAUGAGAAUAACUCAACAUUACACCAAUGAAUGGUGCAAUGAAUUAAAUAGCUGAUUUUCUUGAUUUGAUAAUGUACCCCUUAAUUUGUGUUCUUAACUAUCACAUAUGUCGAAUAUGCAUUUUUCUUUUAGUAGUGGCAUGUAUAAUUCUAAGCAUAGAUAAAGCAAACACACAAAAAUGUUAUAUAAUGAAUUCUUUAUAUGCAAGGUGAUAGAAAAAUACACUCCAUCUUUGUAGGGGAGCACUGGGCUUCUUUGAAUGAGUCUGCAACUACCACAUACAUUGAGGAGAGUACCUGGAGCAUGGAAGACAUGAUUAUUAGGCAACCUUAAAGCAAUAUGUCAACAAGGUCAUUAAGAUGAAAUAACAGGGAAAACAGUGCAUUUUUACCUUCAUCUGAAGUUUACAAAAUUCAUGAUUAAAGAAGUAAUGUCUUUGCUUACUAUCUAAACUACUAUUGGAAUUGAAAUUGAGCCAUAUGUAAGAUGAGAUAGUGCCAUAACACCAGAUAAAGUUCAUGAGAGAUGCACUGCAUGUCUUUAGAUAUUUAUUUAUUUAUUUUUAUUUUUAUUUACUUUAACACUUACUUUAAUUACAGUUUAUGUUCAACAUUAGUUUGUAUUAUUUUCAUGUGUAUAACAUACUGUUUAGACAAUCAUUUACUUUUACAAGUGAGCCCCACAAUAUUUCAAGUACCCUCUUGGCACCAUACAUAGUUACUACAAUAUUAUUAACUUUAUUCUCUAUAAAGUCAAUAAUAUUGACUUUAUAAUAUUGACUUUAUACAAUAUUGUAACAUUGUGCUUUACAUCCCCCUCACUUUGUGUAACUACCAAUUUGUACUUUUUAAUCCCUUCACCCUUAUUAAAGAGGUUGAUUUACUGUUAAGGGAGUGACAGCUGUAGUGGGGGUGUGGUUGGGGCCUAUGUGGAAGAGGUGAAAGGAUUAUGCAAAAAACAAACAAACAGGCAACAAAGAAGCUCACAGAUACAGACCUCAGUGUACAGUGACUACCAGAGGGAAAUGAGAGUAGGAUUAGAUAAAAGAGUGUAAAGAGGGGAUAAAUGGUGACAGAAGGGACUAGACUUUUGAUGGUGAACACACAAUCCAAUACAAAUGAUGUAUAAUAACAUUCUACAUUUGAAAACUAUAUCUUUAUUAACCAAUCUCACCCUAAUAAAUUCAAUAAAAGUAUACUUUAAAAAACUGUUCUUUGGCACUUUUUCAUGUAAGCCAUCCUUAGGCACUGGACAAAUCACCACUAUAAAAAGUAUACAGUGAAUUUUAAAAUGCAUAAAAAAGCAUAAAGUAAAAAUAAGUUCUAGAAGGAGGAAGCUAUCAAUUUUAACAUUUGGUGUCUACAUAACUUUCAUCAGUCAUUAAAUACUAUUUUGCUCCUUUUCUUGAGUUAAAAAAUAUGUGAGUGUAUAGAUAGAUAUGUAAUGGCUUGUAUUCAUUUUUGAAUUUUAAAUGCUUUCCCACCAGUCACAAAAUAGAAAUAACUGGAGCUGUGUGUAAAAAAGCAGAAUAAAUUGAUGAACUAAAAAAAUCAUCUGAGCAUUUGAUCUAACAAAGAGAGGCAACCUGAAUUAUUCAAAUGAAAGCAAUUUUUCUAAAAGAAUUUUUUGUGUGUGAUUCAUAUAUAAAGAGAAGUUAAUACAGUGUUUAAAAUUAUGUAUAAAAGUUGUGAUUGAGAAGUUAGAUUUCCUUUUUUUAAUUGUACUGCCGCAAAACAUCAAAUAAUAUAUUUUUGUUAUUAAGCAUGAAUUAAAUUUUCAGGGUAAAUUUUAAGAUAUAAAAUGAAACAAUUUUACAUGUCAUAACACCCCAUAUUUUUAAUGUUUUAUCAAAACUUGAGGGUUAGCCCUGGCUGGUAUGGUUCAGUAAGCUGAGCACCAGCCUGCAAACCAAAGGGUCACCAGUUCAAUCCCCAGUCAGGGCACAUGCCUGGGUUGUGGGCCAGGUCCCUGGUAGGGGACACAUGAGAGGCAACCACACAUUGAUGUUUCUGUCCCUCUCAUUAUCCCUCCCUUAUCCUCUCUCUAAAAAUACAUAUAUAAAUAAAUCUUUUUAAAAACUUGAAGAUGAAUAUGACAUUGCACUCAGAAUCUCUACAGAACAUUAUUUAUACCUAAGUGAGAAGAAAAUUAGUUUUACUCAUCUAUUUGGUCAGAAUUCUACUCUAUGCCCAAUGACCUCUGGAGCACUUGGAAGGAGGACAUUUUUGGAAUUAAUAAGGGUGGAUAUCCCAAGAUUAUGAGACAUGGAUUGAGAGAAGAGCCAGGGGCAGGACACACUUUAAAAAAAAAAAAACUAUAGACAUGAAAUCAUGUGAUCUGUAAAAGUGAUUAAUUAAUGGAGACUACCGUUUCUGGCAAACAUGAUACUUCAGAUGUGCCAUGCUUUCCAGCACACUUACCUUAAUCAUAUUUUUAUCCACUCCAUCACCAUAACUUUUUGUUUAAACCUAUUUAGGCUUGUGCAUUCACAGAAAAAGCAUAAAAGAGUACAGUAGAGGAGUUUACUUUCUUUACAGACAUUGUAUUUUACAGUUUUGUGAGGAAACAAUUGUUCAAGCAAAUAACCAUAUUAAAUCCAAUGAAAAAGAAUAAAUAUCAAUAGUGAAAACUUUGUUCAUUGCAUUCAUUUUGUAAUAACAAAGAUGGAAGGAAAUAGUUUACCUUAUCUAAAAUAUAAAAAACUAGGUAACUUAUUUUGGUUAACAAAUAAUGUUCUAUUUUAUUAAGCCCAUUAUUUUUUACCUAUUCUCAAACUAGAUACAUAUUUAAAAAAAAAAAACUGGACCCUGGCUGGUGUGGCUCAGUAGAUCAGCCUGUGAACCAAAGGGUCACUGGUUCAAUUCCCAUCUAAGGCACAUGCCUGUGUUGCAGGCCAGGUCCCAACCACACAUUGCUGUUUCUCUCCCUCUCUUUCUCCCUUCCUUACCCUAUCUCUAAAAGUAAAUAAAUAAAAUAUUUUAAUAAAAACUGGGUUAAUAGAAAAUCCACUAAUAAAUAAGCUAAAUAUUAGCCAGGCAAUUUUUAAAGGACCAUAAUAGUUGAAGAUCAAAAGGAAUGAAACAAAGAUUGCAGGGUCUUUAUUUAGAUACCUCCACACACAAAAUUCCCCAGUUUCCAAGGAAGGAAUAGAGAUCUGAAGUGUAGAAGAUAAGGAUUUAUACUCACACUUGCAGUGUUUUGACAUCAUGCAAACAGCUUUGUAUCCUUCCAUCUCUAUUCAAUGGACAUAAUUUUUAAAAACUCAUUCUCAAUGAAACUAAAGCAACAGAAAAAUUUUAGACACUGGCUACAUUAACCUUUCAUGGCAAUAUGUGUGCAAUAGAGCAGUAGAAUAAAACACUUUAUUUUCAUACUUUUGCAAUAGUUACAGUGUGUUUAUUGGGUAAUUUAUUGUAUAUUCACAUUUUUUAAAACAUCAAGCCUGUAGUAGUCUGUAGAGUCAAUGACAUGCUUUCAAACAUUCAGUGUCAAAAUCCAACUUCUUUGCCACACUUGUAGGUAAUGAAUUUUAUGCAACUAUCAAAUGAAUGUGAGCUUAAAAAAGUGAAUCUAAUAUAAUGGCUAUUAGCUUUUUCAUUUUAAAAUAAUGAAUUAGUGUUGUAUCUUAGAGAUAGAAGAAGACUUUUCAGCUAUCAAGAAAAUGUACUCUGAUAUAAUGUGUCAUUUAUUGUAAGUUUGUUAUUGAACCAGAUACAUAUAAUGAUUCUAACCAUAUUUUUUGUCCAUCAAUAUAUAUAAAUUAUGCUGAAAAUAAGUAUAUUUGCAACUAGACAUGUAAAUGGUUUAAAUGUGAUGGUUCUAUAUUAAAUUGUGCUGUUGUGAUUCA